GAAAAGGGAAGAAUUAAAGAAUACUUUUUUAUCAUCUACCUAAAAAUAAAAAAAUAAAGUAAAUGAAAAAAAAAAAAUACUAGUGUUUGUGUGUGUGUCUUUGAUGCCUCACGUUCUUUGUGCUUUUUGCAGGAACCUUUUUUCUUUCAGAGGGUUUAUAGUGCAACUUUCAACUCUUUCUUUUCUACCCUUUCAAAAGUUCUCUUGUUUUCUAACAAUUUUUAGACACAAAACAUAACAACUUUCUUUGUUUUUUUUCACUCUCACACGUUUCAUAUUCUUCCUCUGUUUCUGUUCUGUGUUCUUUGUAUUCAAAGUGUGUGCAACAUCAACUUCAAAAUCAACAUGAACAUGUCUGAGACUGAGAAGAAUCCUGGUAUUAGGCUAUUUGGGUGGAAGAUUCCGGUGCCGGAAUGUCAAAUUCCGACCAACUCUGGACCCAUGGAUACUUGCAGCAGUACAAAGAAAACAGAAGUGGAAAUACUUUGCGCAGAAAAAUCUGAGCAACAAGACAAUUCAUCCGAUUCAAUGGAUAGUAAACAGGAGACUCGUCAUGAUAUGCAAGAAAAGGAGCCAAUAGUGAAUUCGAAGUCCGCUGACGAUAAUACAGAGUCCGGUAAUACGGAUGAAGAAAAAAUCUUAAAGAAACCAGACAAGAUUGUUCAGUGUCCGCGAUGCAAAAGUUGGGAUACCAAGUUUUGUUAUUUCAACAACUAUAACGUCAACCAACCUCGGCAUUUUUGCAAGAAUUGUCAAAGGUAUUGGACUGCUGGUGGAACGAUGAGAAAUGUUCCGAUAGGUGCUGGUAGGCGGAAGAACAAGCAUCUAGCUUCUCAAUACCGACAAAUUAUAGUAACCUCGGACGGAAUUCCAACCUCAAGGCUUGAAACAAUACCCUCAUCCACUCAUCAUACAUCAACGGAUAACGAAACUGUAUUGAAAUUUGGUCCAGAUACCCCACUUUGUGAAUCGAUGGAGUCGAUGCUUCAUCUUAAAGACCAGAAAAGGAGUUCUGAUGCAAAUUCUAUUAGUUGUGUGCAACAUAGAGAGGAACCAUCCCUCUAUGGAUCGUCUGUAACAAAUACCAACACUCAAGGAAAUGAAGUAUCAGAACACAAUGCAUCAAAUUGGUUGCAGUGUUAUCCUGUUCCUCCAUGGGUAUUACCAAUGAAUCCGGGUUGGAAUAUGAAUAAUGUUGCUUCCAUGGCAGCAGUUCAUCCGACUUCAGCAUCCAUGUGCAACCCUUAUAGCGUUGCUCCAACUACAAUGCAAUGGUGUCCGACACCUAUGUUGGCGAUUCCGGGAAUUAGGCCACAAAACAUACCUUUGCAACUUGUACCAGCAUCAAAUUGGAGCAGACCAUCACUUUGCCUCUCGCCGCCUUCUUCCACAAGUAACAGUUGCUGCACGGGUAAUGGCUCACAAACCCUAGGCAAGCACACUAGAGAUACAGUUUUCACAGACCAAGAUAAAUCAGACAAGUCUGUCCCAGUUCGGAAAACGAUUAGAAUUAAUGUCACAAAUGAGGGCCCGAUAAGUCCUAUUCGAGCUACAUUAGCUAACAAGACACCAACUCAGAUUUUGGAAGCCAACUCAGCAGCUAUUUCUCAUGCUCAUACAAUCCAGGAAAGCAUAUAAUAAUUUUCUAGAUUUAAAUUUUUCAUUGAUAUUUUCAGUUAAAUAAGCUAUAGUACAUAUAUUGCUGGCUUUUGUUUCUCUUGCAGAUAUUUUGUUUUUAAGGUAGCAUAUUGUUUUAUGGUAUCUAUUGUUACAUUUUUAUUUCAACUUUGUACUUAAAUUUAUAUUGAGCUAUGCUAUCUGAAAUUAUGAUUUUUGGCUUUUGACACAAUAAAGGAUAUUUGACAGUGAUUAUUUCCACUGCAACAGUACUCAUGUAGUGUAGAGGGUGUGAACAGUACUCAUGACUGAUUAUUCAAUUUUCCUAUAUGGAUGGAUUUGUAUGAA